AUGAAUCAUCUUGCUUCAGUUCCAGAUCCAGGUAAUGGUCUGGACAGGUGUGAAUUUGGUCGACACCUUCGUCAGAGAUGUGUAGGCUUCACAAUCCCUCCCAGAAAUGACUGUCCUUCCGGUUUCUUUUGCUUUACUCCUGCUGACGGACCAGGUCCUUGUUGUUUACAAAACAACCCCUGUAUAUUCGGAAGACCUCUGCAGAUAAACAACGACGCAGUGACAUGUACCAGACAGCGCUGUCCCCGGGACCACAUAUGUAUCAGAAACAGAGAAUUCGCUGUAUGCUGUCCACGCGGAGACUCCACCAUAGUAUGCCCCCAGCUAUACUGUGUACCUGAAAGAAGGACUCCGUAUUACCCGCCUUUUUGUUAUCGACCGACAACGAUCAGGACCCCAGAGGGAAGAAUCUGCCCGGGUUGUGAUAGGAACAUAUGCAUCGGAUAUCGAGGAUAA